AUGCUUCCUCAGCCGGUGUGCAAGGCAUUCUGUGAGGACAAGACCCAGGCCUGGGAUACCAAGUGCACCUGGGGGGGCUGCAACGGCUGCUCCGAGUGCUCUCUCCCUGCGCCGGCGUGCAAGCCGUAUUGUGAGGACAAAACACAGGCCUGGGGUGACAAGUGCACCUGGCAGGGCUGCAACGGCUGCUCCGAGUGCGGCGCCGAGUCCGAGUGCAAGCCGUUUUGUGAGGACAAGACGCAGGCAUGGGAUGACAAGUGCACCUGGGAGGGCUGCAACGGCUGCUCCGAGUGCUCUCUCCCUGCGCCGGCGUGCAAGCCGUAUUGUGAGGACAAAACACAGGCCUGGGGUGACAAGUGCACCUGGCAGGGUUGCAACGGCUGCUCCGAGUGCGGCGCCGAGUCCGAGUGCAAGCCGUUUUGUGAGACCAAGACGCAACCAUGGUCGGCAAAGUGCUCAUGGAACGGCUGCUCGGCCUGCGGGGACGUGUGCAAUGCGUGCAAGCCCUACUGUGCGAUCAAGACGGACCCGUGGGAUAUGCUCUGCAGCUGGAACGGCUGCUCUAGCUGCACCGAGUGCUCCGGCGGCUGUGGUGUUUACCCGUACAUGGGGAAUGGGGGAUGGGAGAUCGGCACCGGCACCGAAGACGACGCCAUCAGCUACUGCCUCGCGAACCCUGACUGCAUCAAGGUGCAAUGGGACUCGUCGGGCAACAUCUUCGUCUCGGGCGUUUUGGCGAGUGCAGAAACAUAA